AUGAAUGUGUAAUAGGUUAUAAGUAUAAAUCUAAUUAACAAGAUAAGCAAUUGUUUGGUCCUGCUCCUUAGCAACUUGCACAUGACACAUGAACUUAAUUGCUACUAAAAGAACAACCCUGAAACGCAUUAUAAACAAUUAUUUCCCGAAGGUCCAGAACAAUUUAAGCAAGUUUAAUAGCAAGGCUAACAGCUUCCAGAAGAGUCAAGAUAGUAUUAUUAAAUACAUUUUGCGCACACGUUAUUAGAAUCACAUUCAUCACAAUAAGGAGAGCACUUUUAAAGAGGAUAUAAAAUUUGA